AGAGAAUGUAGCAUGGAAGAAGACGGAUGGAAAGAGACACUACUACAGCGGGGAGGAUUUCUGUUUGAUUUGUGGCUUUUGUUUUGUAGAAACAGCUGUGAUUACAAAUGUAAAAAAGGCACAUUUCCUCAUCCCUGCAGACUGAUUUAUUCUGCUCCAGCUCUUUGAAAAGUGAUGUUUUGUAAACAGUUUUCCACAUAAAUCAUCGAAUUCUGAGACCCGUGGCAGCCCAGAACACUAAUCUUCAAAACUUCAGCAAACAAUAUGCCAGAAGGAUUUCUUAUUCUGCCUGAGAUGAUACUUUUUUUUAUCUUGACUGGUUAUUUGUUUUGCUCUCGGGAGCAGAGUGUGACUGCUGGUGAUGACAGGAGCUUCCCCAGCAGUGACUGAUGGAGGACGACUUCUCCUCAACUCCUCUGGGAGCACGCAUACAAAAGACUGAAAAUAGUGUGCAAAAGGUGAAAUCGCAGCAUUUUCCUGCUCUUUGACAGCCUCAAGAGCUCAAACACAAAAGGGUGGUUGAAUAAAAGGCACAUAAUUGGAGUAAUUUUGCAGAGAAAACAAAAGGAAAAUCAGACACAAUAACUUUGCUGAUCGUUCUGCAGUAAGGAUGCACAUUUUGUGUUGUGCUGUGCUGCUUUUGGCUUUUGUGGGCAUCGGCUGUUCUUCAUCUGCCUUAAACAAAGUGUGGGAGGAGUGGAAAAUCACACAUGGCAAAGCUUACAACAAUCAGACUGAAGUCGCCUUCAGGAGAGCAGUCUGGGAGAAGAACAUGCUUUUGGUGCUAAAACACAACCAGGAGGCCUCAGCGGGAAAACACAGCUUCACGUUGGGACUGAACUACCUGGCGGACAUGACAGCCGAGGAGAUCAAUGAGAAAAUGAACGGACUGAAGCUGGAGGAGGUUAAUCAAUUUAGAAAUGACACUUUUAAGGAUCUGAGUGGCAGAUCUUUACCUCAGAGUGUCGACUGGAGGAAGAAGGGUCUGGUCAGCCCUGUCAGAGAUCAGGGCUUAUGUGGGUCCUGCUGGGCCUUCAGCUCUUUGGGAGCUCUUGAAGGCCAGAUGAAGAAGCAAACUGGUUCCCUUGUUCCUCUGAGUCCACAGAACCUGGUGGACUGCAGCACCGGGGAUGGAAACCUGGGCUGCAGAGGAGGCUACAUCUCCAAAGCCUUCAGGUACAUCAUCCGCAACGGAGGCGUCGACUCGGAGAGCUUCUACCCCUACGAACACCAGAAUGGGAAAUGCCGCUAUUCUGUCAGUGGAAAGGCUGCAUCGUGUUCCAACUUCCACGUCCUUCCUAAAGGAGAUGAGCGAGCUCUGCAAGCCGCGGUGGCGUCGGUGGGACCGGUGGCUGUGGCCGUGAACGCCAUGCUGCCAUCUUUCCAUCUGUACAAAGGAGGUUUAUAUAACGUUCCCAGCUGCAACCCGAGGUUAAUAAAUCACGCCGUCCUGGUUGUUGGCUACGACACAGACGCAGGACAAGACUACUGGCUGGUGAAAAACAGUUGGGGAACUUCGUGGGGAGAAGAAGGCUUCAUUCGCAUCGCCAGGAACAAGAAUAAUCUCUGUGGCAUUGCCAGCUUAGCGGUUUACCCGACACUUUGAAACUGUGGCCCCCACCUGUAUAUAGGUUAUUUAAUUUAAUAUCUAGAUGUUUGGGGUUUUUUUGUGCAGACGCUGGACUAAAAAUGAAAAAAGCCAAAGAGAAUUUGUUCAAAAAGCACAGAAAAUCUUGGAUGAUUGAUGAGUGACUGAAUAUUUGAAGUAUGUAUGUCGUAGUUUCUCUUCUUUCGUUUGGGUUUACACUGGAACACACACACACAUUCCAUGUAUUUAUUUGAAGACUGAUAUUUAAAUGUUAGCUUUUCACUCUUAGACUUAAUGGAUUUAAUAAAACUCAUGUCAAUCUUGGGAGAAGCAAACAGAUUAAAGUGUCUCAUCUGCUUUGGCUAAUAUAAGUUCAUUUGGGAGGAGCUUUUCUCUUAGUAAUUUAUGUAAAAAGAUGAGAAUAAUAAACAUUUUCUAAACUGGAUUCCUUUUGUUUUUGUCAUCAAUAAUAAGGAUUUUCAGUCUAAUAUGCCUUUUUGUUGUUUUGCUGCAGUCCUCGGUUGUUUCUCCAUUAUUAUUAUUGCACUAUUUGAAUUUUCUUGCACGUUACACUAUUCCACAAGCCACUUUUUCCAUCCUUCACUCUUGUACAUAUUGUUAAUAAUAUCAUAACUAUAUUGACGUUUAUUGUUGCUCUUACUGUAUGCCGCAACAUGGGAAAUUUCCACUGACAUGGGGAGUAAUAAAAGGAUUAUCUCAUCUUAUCUCAUAAAUAUUAUGUAAAUCAUUCUAAUAUUAUGUAAAUCAUAAUAUUAUGUAAAUCAUUCCAUUAGUAUUGAGCGUUUUUGUAACAGCAUCAUGUUAACACUUGUCUUAACACUGGUCUUUUCUCUCCAUAACCUUUUUAGUGCAGUAACAGAAUUGUAGCACCACUAUUCUGUAUAAAUGUUUUAAACACCAUGCGGGUCCUCCAGUUGCGUACAUUUUUCUAUCAUACGUAAUUGUAAAUUCAUGUGCUUUUUAUCAUCACACAGCUAUAUGUAUAUUCAUCAUGCUCCAUCUAUACAUGAGAAAAUGUGUAUUGUUUUAUUGCAAGUUUAAUUUUAGUCCGAUUUUAGCCCUUUUGUAUUUCAUGUCUGGAUCCUUCCUCAUUUGUGUUUAGCUGCUGUAACAUGUAAAUUUCCCUGUUGAGGGAUCAAUAAAGUAUAUCUUAUCGCA